AUGGGGUGAGGGUGAAGAGGAGAGAGGAAGAAAAAAAAAGAAGCUGGAUUGCACUUUGUGGAGAAUGUUUAGUUUAGUUAUCAAAACAAAAGUAUUGUAACAGAUGGGGCUGGCUACACCUUGGAAACGGCAUAACAGCGGGGCUGGGAGUGCCAAGGGAGCUUAUUAGGCUUAUAGGAGAGCCAGAGGGAGACUGAUGGGGCUCGCAGCCGUAGACACGCACUUCAAUGCUGCAGGGGAGAUAUAAAAGCCCUCUCACACACAGCGUCCAGCUUCACUGAAGUGCUCCAUGUGACAUGGGUGUGAGUUUCUUACCACAGAGAAUGCUUCUUCCAGGACACCAAAGGACUCAGCUUGAAAGAUUUUAAAGAAAAAAGAAACAGUUGGUUUGGACGGCAUGUGACCACAGAAAUUGCCUGUCUUUGAGGAUGGAUGUUUUCUUGGGCUAAGUAACAGACAGGUUUUUGGACUUGUUUUUGUCAUGCUAAUGGUGGACAGGUACUGUCAAGCUGUUUGCAGAGGAAAAGACAGAAAUGUUUUUGAACUCGAACUGUUAUUGUGACUUUUUUGCUACUUUUUAUCAAGUUUUUCACAUAUUUUUUUAAAUGAUCCACAAUUUAUCCAAACCAAACUUUGAAAAACGGAAGUAUUGAGCGAAGAUGAACACCUCAUUCACCUCAGAGACGUUUUACAAUGCGGGGUCGAUAGCUGACCCCACCACCAGAUACCUGGACGAGGACAUGUAUCUGCAGGAGGAUCUGGAUGUGUUCAGUGUGACCAUGGCUGUUCUCUACCUGGCUGUGUGCAUCGUAGGGCUGGCCGGGAACACCCUGGUCAUCGUGGCCAUCUUAAAGCUGGACAAGAUGGCUUCUGCCACCACGGUGUACAUCUUCAACCUGGCCCUGGCCGACGGCCUCUUUAUGGUGGGCCUCCCCUUCAUCGCCAUCCAGAAUUUCCAGAACCACUGGGCAUUCGGGGACCUGGCCUGCAAGCUGGUCAUGGUCCUGGACGGCAUCAACCAGUUCACCAGCGUCUUCUGCCUGACCGUGAUGAGCAUUGACCGUUACAUGGCGCUGGUUGACCCGCUGCGGUUCGCCCGCUGGCGCACGCCCAGGCGGGCCAAGAUAGUCAGCGGCUUCCUGUGGCUGUUCUCUCUGUUGCCUGUCCUCCCCAUAACCAUCCAUUUCUCGGCUAGGGACGGCCUGUGUAACCUGGACCCCCAGGUGGCUUCCGACUCCUGGUGGCUGGCCUUCAUCACCUACACAUUUGUCCUGGGCUUUGCACUGCCCUUCCUGGUUAUGAUUGUCUCCUACACCGCCUUGGUGGUCACACUGAGGACCCACCACCACCAGGCCAGCUCCCCAGGCCAGGAGAGCCCUCGCCUGGAAACCCAGGUCACCAAGAUGGUGGUGGCGGUGGUGCUGGCAUUCGCCGUGUGCUGGCUGCCGUUCUACGCCUUCAACUUCUGCUCGCUGUACCAUACGGACCUGGUGCUGACCUUCGCCAGGUGCUUUGAGUUCGUGGUGCUGUUGUCCUAUUCCUGGAGCUGUGCCAACCCCAUCCUGUACGCCUGCCUCUCAGAAACCUUCGGACGCCACUUCCUCACUCUUCUCUGCCCCACCAAGUGGUUUCCCAGUGUGCAAUGCAACCCUGACACGGAGCGCUAUGACCUCAAUGAUACAAGCGGGAUGGGCAACAGUGCAGUGGCAUAG